CAUUCAAUCAGAACAGACUUCUCCGGUGGUGGACAGACGAAGAACAUUAGAGGAGAAAGUUACGGAAAAUGUGUAAAGGAUUAGCUGCCUUGCCCCAAACAUGUCUGGAGAGGGCUAAGGAGAUCAAGACUAAAUUGGGCACUCUGCUUCAAAAGCCAGAAAAUGCUAUCGAUCUCAUCAUCCCCUACCCCGAGAAGCCAGAGAAGAAGCCAGAGAAGCUUCAAAAACCAACCUCCGAGGAGGCUCUUCAGUGGCGUGAAUCCCUGGACAGAGUCCUCAUGAACAACUAUGGCCUGACCACUUUCAGAAGCUUCCUGAGGUCCGAGUUCAGCGACGAGAACAUUGAGUUCUGGGUGGCUUGCGAGGACUUUAAGAAGAUCAAAUCCCCAGUGAAGAUGGCUGCCAAAGCUAAGAAGAUCUAUGAGGAGUUUAUUCAGACUGAGGCUCCCAGAGAGGUGAACAUUGACCACUUCACCAAGGAUGUGACCUUGAGGAACCUUGUGGAGCUGUCUCCUUCCACCUUUGACCUGGCUCAGAAGCGCAUCUACGCCCUGAUGGAGAAGGAUUCCUUUGGCCGCUUUCUGAGAUCUGAUCAGUACCAAGAGCUGAUCAAGUAGGGGUGAGGAAUACAUAAGUGGGAGAAGGUAUCACAACUGAGAGCAUGAUGGCAUCCUUCUGCCAAAGAUCUCCUGAAUCUAUUUUGGAAAAAAUUGCUAAAAUUAAAUCGUCUAAUUCAUUUUUGUAAAAACUCCUCUGUGGUUAAAAUUAAAUCACCGUUAAUUAAUAAAAUGUCAAAACAUAAGAAGGACUCUUCUUGGGUAUUGUUGAACCAUAGCUAAAAUUUUCUACAAAAUUUUUUCAGAUAAAAAAAGUGAG